AUGAUAGUCGAUGUCGUUAAUAGUACAUUCUGCGCAGCUGAUAUAAAAUCUAGAGCACAGUCUCACCGGACUUUGGCUCGCUGGAUUACGAUUCGCCUCGUAAUUAUUGUGGGUAUUUUGAUUUUCAACAUGAGUGGGGAUAAGAUGGAGAACGAGAACAACCACGAAAUGGAGGUCGAACAACAACCUGAUGAUGAUUCUCUUGACAACGAAAAACAGGUGUAUAUCCCUGGUGUGAGCAGAGCCUUGAAAGAUGGAGAAGAACUUGCAUUCGAUCCUGAAGCCUACAAAAUAUUUUAUUCAUUUGAAACUAAGUGGUCUUGUCUCUCAUUCGACAUAGUGCAGGAUAGUCUUGGCGAUAGAUCCGAUUUUCCCUUGGAAUGUUACGUUGUAGCAGGAACUCAAGCUGACAAGCCAAAAAAUAACGAAAUUGUUGUCAUGGGACUUAAAAAUCUCAACACAUUAGAGGAUGAAGAGGAUAUAGAUGAACAAAGUGACGAAGACAGUGAUUCAGAAGAUGAGAAGAAAAAUGCGGUCAUACACUCCGUGACGAUUUCUCAUUAUGGCGGAAUUAAUCGAGUCAAGGUUCAAAAGCUUGGAGAUGGUAUUGUUUGUGCUGUUUGGAAUGAUAUGGGAAAAGUCCAGUUAUGGAAUGUUACGAAUGCACUAAACGAAUGUAGUAAAAUGACAGCAGCUAGCAAAGACGAAAAGCAAACACAGGAGAAACCCUUAUUUUCAUACAGCACAAAGAGAGAAGGUUAUGCGCUUGGUUGGUCAAAACUGAAGCAGGGGGACUUUGCUUCUGGUGAUCAGUGCCGGAACAUUCACGUUUACCGUAUGCACGAAGGUGGCACGUGGGCAGUAGAUCAACGAGCACUCACUGGUCAUUCCGGGAAGUUGAUUGGUUUCGUUGAAGACGUGCAUUGGUCUCCCACAGAAGAAGGUCUGCUGGCGUCAUGUUCUUGUGAUGGUACGAUAAAGCUGUGGGACACUCGGUCAAGUCCAGCAAAUGCUUGUGUGUGCACCGUUGAUAAGGCCCAUAGUUCUGACGUGAAUGUCCUAUCAUGGAAUCCAAGCGAUGCACUGUUAGUAAGCGGUGGAGACGAUGCUGAGCUGAAAAUUUGGUCGUUGAAGAGCAUUCAAUUUGGUCAACCAGUUGCACGCUUCAAGUAUCAUUCAGCACCUAUAACAUCGGUCGAAUGGUUGCCACAGGAUGCGACGACUUUCAUGGCUUCUGCGGAAGAUGAUCAGGUUACCAUCUGGGAUAUAGCUACGGAGGCUGAUUCGCAAGAUGCUGUAGAAGGUGUGCCACCUCAACUCAUGUUCUUACAUCUUGGCCAAAAAGAGGUCAAAGAAGUACACUGGCAUCCACAGAUUUCUGGACUCGCCCUCACAACGUCGCUGGAUGGUUUUAAUGUUUUUAAAACGAUCAAUAUUUGA